CUAUUUAAGCUUUAAACGUAUUUUGUAAAAAUAAGAGUUAAAGUCUUCAUUGAGAGAUGGCUGGAUCAGUAUAACUGUUAGAUCUCCCAGGACUGUAAGAAAGCCUAGUGUGAGGUGGCCUCUGAUGCACUCUGCACUACAAUGACCGCACAAACGGUUCAUCUGCAGGCUGAACGCUCUUAUACAAGCAUUAUCUACUCUGUGCCAGUUACUCUUUAACGGUCAGGCCUUGCCAUUAUCCCAUUAGCAGUAGUUAUUUUAAGGCGUCACCUCUUUUUAUUGGUACCUGGAUCUAAUAGGUUCAGACAAUCAGUAUCCUGGAGGCCAGUCUGCACUUCGCCGUCGGAGCUCACAGGCCUGCGACCUCCUGGACCAGCGAGGGUCAUGGGGAACACACACACAAGUAUGGAAGACAUCCUCGCUGAGGACAUGCACCACUGGUAUAACAAGUUCAUGCAGGAGUCUCCAUCAGGCCUGAUCACACUUUUUGAGCUCAAGUCCAUCCUGGGACUGCAGGGGAUGAAUGAGGAUGCCAACAGUUAUGUGGACCAAGUGUUCUUCACUUUCGACAUGGAUGGGGAUGGAUACAUCAAUUUUGUGGAAUAUAUCGCUGCUAUCAGCUUAAUGCUCAAGGGAGAAAUCAACCAGAAGCUCAAAUGGUACUUUAAACUUUUUGACCAGGAUGGCAAUGGAAAAAUUGACAAGGAUGAAUUGGAAACAAUAUUUACUGCUAUACAAAACAUUACAAGAAAUCGUGAAAUUGUGCCAGAGGAAGUAGUGGCUCUUAUAUUUGAAAAGAUUGAUGUUAACGGGGAAGGGGAACUGACGCUUGAGGAGUUCAUUGAAGGAGCCAAAGAUCAUCCUGACAUUAUGGAUAUGCUGAAGAAACUGAUGGACCUCACCCCAGUCCUGGUCAUUAUUAUCGAAGGGCGACAGAAACCAAUCAAUGGGAGUUAGGUGGGUUAAACGUCAACUUAAGGACAGAGAAACCAGAAAAUUCCCCACCUGAAAACCAAAUGAUUUCAGAGUUUGGUAUUCCCAUUCUUGAGGAACAGAUGCAGCUUCCCACCACACCUGUGUGAUCUCUUCAACAGAAAAACAUGGGGAACUUAGACUUUUGCCCAAGAAUUGUGCUGUCUGACCCCAGUGGAGAUACCAAGCCUUGCAUCUGAGCUGUCCUCAGCUGAACAUUGAUCUUCUAAUGCUAUAAGGGUUUCAAGAGACUAAGGAACUGCUGACAAGGCUUAGGAGUGAGCAAUGUGGCGCUUUUAAAGGAAAGGCUCAGUGGAGAACACUGAGCGCAUGCCUAGUGACUUUCAUUAGGUGAGCACAUCAUCUGUUUAUGGCAUUACUAUAUUGCUCUGAGAGUGAACUCUGAGACAGUCCAUUGCCGAUGUGGCCUGAAUUGACCUUAAAACUGUGAAAUUAAUGUAUAUAGACUAUAGAGCAGUGGUUCUCAACUGUUUUACAAUGGACCUCUAAUGACAACCCAAAUUUACUGUACA